CGGCUACAAAUACGUGAUGACGUCAUGCGCUGUCUCUUUUGGCCCUGUGCGCUGCAAGGAUGAAGACCAUCCUCAGCAACCAGACCGUGGACAUUCCCGAGCAAGUGGGAGUUUCGCUGAAGGGCCGGACUGUCAUUGUGAAGGGGCCCCGAGGAACCUUGAGGAGGGAUUUUAACCACAUCAACGUGGAGCUGUCCCUCCUGGGAAAGAAGCACAAGAAGCUGCGUGUUGACAAGUGGUGGGGUAACAGGAAGGAGCUGGCAACAGUUCGCACAAUUUGCAGCCAUGUACAGAACAUGAUCAAGGGGGUCACUCUGGGCUUUCGCUACAAGAUGAGGUCGGUGUACGCUCACUUCCCGAUCAACGUAGUCAUACAGGACAACGGCUCGCUUGUGGAGAUCCGGAACUUCCUGGGAGAGAAGUACAUUCGCAGAGUGCGGAUGAGGCCAGGUGUUACCUGCGCAGUAUCUCAAGCCCAGAAAGAUGAGCUGAUCCUUGAAGGGAAUGACAUUGAGCUGGUCUCUAAUUCAGCUGCUUUGAUCCAGCAAGCCACCACAGUCAAGAACAAGGAUAUCAGGAAAUUCUUGGAUGGUAUCUAUGUUUCUGAGAAAGGAACAGUGCAGCAGGCAGAUGAGUAAAACUCAUAGGCCUUCACAAGCAUCCCUAUGGCCACACUGCAAACUGGAUAUGGAAACCCCUGGUUGAAAAAUAACCCAGUAACAAUUGGUUGGAUCAACUUCUUGGUCUGAAAUUUCCUCAUCUGAUCUGCCACAUGGAGAUGCAAGCAGAGGGAGGGCCAUGCUUGAAAGGCUCCUGCAGCAGGGUCUGCUGCUGCAGCAGUAGCCAGCACUCUGUGACCAGCUCACCUGAAAACCUGGAAACAUGAAAUUGAACCAAUGCAAUUAUGGCUUAACUUCUGUUGGCAGUGUGCAUUGAAAUUCUUGAAUGCAAGGUGCCAUAUGCAGCCAUUUGUUCACGAAGCUGCUGACCACUCUGUUUCCAGAGAUACGCGUCGUAUUUUAUGCUUACCUUGAGAACAGACUCGGUGAUACCCCAGGAGAACUCACAGGAGAACUGAGCUUGCAAGUUUGGGGUAGAAUCCUUUGGGAAGAAGCCAUUUUCUCGUAUGAUUUGUUUAUAAUAAAGUGCAGAUGACUUAGGAAUCCUUUCCUUUUUUUUGCUUUUGAAAUCUACAUAAAAUAAUCCACGCCUGAUGUUGUAAGCAUGUUGCCAUUCGAAGCCGUCAAGGAGGGACCAGGCUGUGUAACCAAACACAUCUAUGUUGUCGUAUUUAAUAGCUGCGUAAGAGAAGGUAGCAUCAAGAGUCUUGUAUUUAGUACUCUAACAUAUAUAAGGGAUAUUUAUGAGGAAGUGCUAUUUAUUUUGAAAAUCUUGGCUGUCUUCUCAAGAUCUGUAUUGACCCACUGUAAUUCAUUGCAAAACUGAUGUAUAUAUCUUAGUCUUCAUUUACUAAAAAAAUGGUGUCACUAAGAAAUUGUGUCCUUAAGAAAUUAAAUUACUGUAGGAUUCUUUAUUUCUGCUCUGACCAAACAAGAAAUAUUGUACUACAUCCAGGUUUGAUGUUUCAUUUGACAAUUUGCCAGUAAAAUAAUACCAGUAAAAUUAGAGAAUCGUGAAUUAAAAUAAAAGGAGCAACAGUUGA